UCUUAUGUCAAAGUCAAAUAGGCAUUUUCAAAACAAAUUCACGUGUUGGUUAUACAUGUUAAGGUCGUAUUAGUGAAUUAAAUUUUAUUCUUUAAACUUAGAUGUUAAAUAAUACAAAAUGCAAAUAAAACAAGAGGAUACGGAAAUAGACAUAUUUGUCGCCACUAAAAUAGGUUCAUUUAAACAUGUGAAAUACCACACUGACGCUACAAAGAACAAUAAGAAGUGUAUAGAGAACCUGGUCGACAUCAAGUCUCUGCAGAAAGAUGAAGGCGUCACCUGCAUGGAGUGGGGGAAUGCGGAGCAGACCGAGAUACUGCUGGGGAAGAAGAAUCAACAGAUCCAAGUGUAUAGUACAGAUGGAACUCUCCACCGCAGUUAUACUGCCGACUAUGGGACAGGACAUGUGGUCGGCGUCGGGCGGUGCAGACGACUGAUCAGCGCGCUCAGUACUGGUGUUGUCAAGAUAUGGAAGAAGAAGGAGGAAGUACUUGUCGAUACGGGGGGCAAGCUGGAUCGAAUGAGAGUGUGCGCCGCAGAACAGCUAUUUGCCACGGGAGGCGAAGAAAACGACCUGAAAAUCUACCGCAUCGGCGAGCCCGAGCCGAUCUUCAGCGCCAAAAAUCUGGCUCAUGACUGGCUCCAACUGCGCCGAGACAUCUGGGUGUCUGACCUGUGCUGGUGCGGUCAGGGCGGUCAGCUAGCUGCCGUGUGCUCCCGCCAUGGCUAUAUCAGGUUGUACGACGUGCGAGCGCAGCGCCGGCCGGUGUGCAACAUCGAGGUGGACAAAAUGGCCGCCACCUGCAUAGCCCCUGGACGGGACGAGAGAGAAGUAAUGGUGGGGUUCGGUCGCGGGCAGCUGCACGCGGUGGAGUUCCGCGCCGCCCGCCUCGGCGCGGGGCUGCGCGGCGCCGCCGGGGCCGUGGCCGGCGUGGCCGUGGCGGGGGGACAAGUGUACAGCGCCAGCCUGGACCGCCACCUGCGCGUGCACUGCUACAGCACCAAGCAGCUCGAGUAUAAGCAAUACUUGACGUCGAAGCUGACUGGACUCCUGGUACAGACAGAGGGCAGCACUCCUCUCCGCUCUGCGCCAGAAGUCAAGGAAGAACUAGAGGUUCAGGACGAGAUGGAUCAGCUCUUCCAACACAUGGAUACCAUUGAAGACAAACCCAAAAAGCAAAAGCUGCCACCAGUACCCACGCCAUCCAAAAAAGCGAAACCAUCGCUAGAGGGCAGCACUAUAGACCUGAAUGAUGAUAACCUAGAAGAUGAGGACCAAGUAGUAGAGGACCAAGAAGACGCCAUCAAGAAGUUGCUGAGAAGCACCGAGAAGCAGAAGAGAAGAAUGGAAAAGAAGAAAAAGGAGAAGAAAGCUAAGAGCGUGUUCCAUAAUGCUUAGAAUAAAUUGUUACAUA